AUGAACAAAUUAUCAAAUAUCCCAUCAAACAUUGAUGCAAGACUGGCAUCGUUGAAACCACCAAAAACAAGAACAGUGUCUACUCCGAUAGAAGAACAAUCUGCUAUACUGGAAAGAGAAGAAACCUUGGACCCUUUAGUGGCUAGAACAACUGAAGAAGUGAUUUAUGCUGGUUAUGAUAAUGACAAUACUUUGCACAGAUGGAAACAUGUACGAGCUUUGGGGAAGGGAACCUUCAGUAAUGUCGUAUUGGGUGAAGCAGUUGAUCAGUCAAACCCUUAUCCAUUCAUUGCUGUGAAAAUUGUUGAAUUACCAAUGACAAAAGAUACAAGAUCAAGAGUUGAAAGCUCUUUGAAAAGAGAAUUGGAAAUACUCAAGUUUUUGAAACAUCCUUCAAUCAUUAGCCUAUUGGCACUGCUUAUUACAGAAAAGAGAUAUUUCAUGUUUACUCCAUUCUGUGAAGGUGGUGAUUUAUUCGAAUUGGCAUCAAAGCAUAGAGCAAAAUUAACUCCACGCAUUAUUAGAAAGAUGUUUGCAGAGGUUGCAAUCGCAAUCUCUUAUUUACAUGCAAAUAAUAUUGUUCAUAGAGAUAUAAAACUGGAAAACAUAUUGGUGAACCAUAAGUUAGAGGAUCUCUUAAUAUUGGACACCUCAACUGAAAAUUUGAUCACAGUCACUGAUUUUGGUCUUUCAAGAAAGAUUGAUCCAUCUGAUCCACUAUUAACAACACGUUGUGGCUCUGAAGAUUAUGUUCCUCCAGAGUUGUUGAUUGGUAUGCCUUAUGAUGGGAGACAAACUGAUAGUUGGGCAAUGGGUGUUUUGUUAUAUGCAAUAAUGGAAGGAAGACUACCGUUUGAUCCACCGCCAAACAAGUCAAUCAGAGGAAGAUCUAGAGUUGCCCAUAGAAUCGCAAGAAUCGAAUGGUCAUGGAAUGAAUUUUCUGAUGAAAAUAAAGGAAUAACUUGGAAAGAAGAGGAUUGGAACGGUGCAAAGUUUAUUGUGGAGAACUUGUUAAUAAGAAGAGAAAAGAGAAUGACAGCUGCUGAGGUCUGUGCGCACCCAUGGGUGGCAGGCUGUCUUUAA